AUGCAAGGGGGAUCUUUCAACAGCGACCGAGAUUUAGAAGGAGACAAGCCAAUCUCCAAGUGGCGAGAAACGAGCAUGAGCCAAGAGGAAUUGCAGCAGCUGCUCCAAAAGCUACCGCCUCUGAAUGUGGAGACCAUGACGCGGGUGCUCAGAACAAUCUUUCUCUGGACUUCUUGGAUACAUGAAGAUGUCGGACAUGCGUGGGCCUCCUUCGUUUACAAUCCCAUUCACACACCUGGCUUUGUGCCAGAGGAUGGACGAGGAAUUCCCUCGCCGGCGCUCGUCUAUAGGGUGGCCAUGUUUCGGAACUUCGUGGCGUUGGAGAGGAAUAAGUUGGUGGAUCCCAUAGACAGCAAGAUGUUCUCCACCACCAUUUGCAACCCGGUGGUGGGGCCUUACUCCUGGACCUCCUGUCAGAACGAAGUGGAUGGAGUUCUCGCCAAUGCCUUCACAACUUUCCAGAAGAAACUCAGGCAGUUGGGGCAACAAGAAGUCUUCGCUGAGUUCGCGCAGCACGGUCUUUUCAGUCGGGUAGACGAUGUGGAAUCCUCCGCAUCGAGUUGA